AUGCGCCUAACCCGCCCUUCAGCCCUUGCAGGCAGUUCUUCCAUCUCAUGCCAGCGCCUGUACUCUUCCUCCCGCAUAAUCAGACAGAACGACGUCCUGUUUUUGCGACAAAAGGGCACCAGAGGUCCUAAAUGGCGUCUUACAUCCCCUCUUCGCCCUGAUGGUCGAAUACGUCUUGGAUAUGGAGCUACCAUCAAUGCGUCUGAUCUUAUCGGUCGUCGUCUGCUCGACAGCAUUUACCCCCAUCAUGCAAGUUUCAUUGUGUCGCUACUCGACUUGAACCUUUCUCAGCCCAGCGAAGACGAUUACGAUCCAGUGACUAAGGAACCGCUUCCACCGCUCGAGAUAUUCGAAGCUGGUACAGGAAUGGGAAGCUUAACACUGCACCUAGCUCGUGCCCUCAAUGCAGCCAAUCCCGCCGUACCUUCCAUGCUACGAGAUGCUCUCUGCACUGCACGCUACAAAUCCCAAGAUAACAGCCUUGAGUUAUCCGACGAAGUUCAAGCUGCAUUCGAUGCCUAUCGCUCGAGUCGCCGUGCCAUACUUCACACUCUUGAUCAAAACGCGAAACACUCAGGCGGUGCAAACAAGCUAGUACGCCAGUUUCGACGCUCUCUAUACUAUCCUACUGUGGAUUUUCAUGUCGGCUCUAUUAGUGACUACGUUGCAUCUCGUCUUGCCGAAACGGACGAAAAGCCUAUAUUCUCUCAUGCAAUUCUCGACCUUCCCUCAGUCGAGGACUACGCGUCACCGGUCAUCCAAGCUCUUCACCCCAAUGGUCUGCUUGUCGUCUUUGCACCUUCCAUUAGCCAAAUCGCACGGUUCCAAACAUGGAUAUCAAAAACGAAACAACCUUUGCGCCAGGAGAGGGUUAUUGAACUCGACGUAUCAACGACAGCGGACGGUGUGCUUGAUACUGGUGGCGGUAAAGAAUGGGAUGUCAAAACUGUUGUUCCAAGAUCAGACCCUGAAGCAGUUCCUGUUCAAGUAAUGCGACCCAAGGUCGGUGAUCGCCUCUCUGGCGGUGGGUUUAUAGGUGUUUAUAGGCGAUGGCCCAACGAGGAGGCGAUCACCCAAGUUGAGCCUGUUGGCGAAGAGAAUGUUUCUGAUACUGAGGGAAUCGAUUCUAGCGAAGGGAUUAUUUCUGAUACAGAAGGAAAAGUCGAUUCUAGCGAGGAGAUUGUUUCUGAUACUGGAGAAACCAUUGAUUCUGACAAGACAACCGAGAUCGAGUCUACAAAGACCGAAUAA